CAGCCAAUCCAGGCACACGCUGUUAUAGCAACAGAGCAGAAUGUGCUGUAGUGUAGUGAGAUAGGAAAGCAGAGGGGGAUUAAAAAAAAAAGAAGAAAAACUAAAAUAAUGAAGGAGAGUGGAGUUACUCGCGUUGCAUUGCAUCAAUGGAAUGAAUAAAAAGCCGGGUGCUGGAGAAAAGUUUCUCAGGACUCCUGGGGGCUGCAGGGAUAGCUGCUGCGGUAUCUUGUCUGCUCACAGGCACCAUCCCCAUUGUUUGUGCGUUUCCAAAAUAUGGCAAAGGUUCAGGUGAACAAUGUAGUGGUGCUGGAUAACCCUUCUCCUUUCUACAACCCUUUCCAGUUUGAAAUCACCUUUGAAUGCAUAGAGGACCUGUCUGAAGACUUGGAAUGGAAAAUAAUUUAUGUGGGAUCUGCUGAAAGUGAAGAAUAUGACCAGGUACUGGACUCUGUGUUGGUAGGACCUGUACCUGCAGGACGACACAUGUUUGUAUUUCAGGCAGAUGCCCCGAAUCCUGGACUCAUUCCAGAUGCAGAUGCUGUUGGGGUCACGGUGGUGCUAAUUACAUGUACAUACAGAGGACAAGAGUUUAUCAGAGUGGGAUAUUAUGUUAAUAAUGAAUAUACUGAAACAGAGCUACGUGAAAACCCACCAGUGAAACCAGACUUCUCCAAGCUUCAAAGAAACAUACUGGCAUCAAAUCCUAGAGUAACAAGGUUCCACAUAAACUGGGAGGACAACGCAGAAAAGCUAGAUGACCUAGAUAACAGUAACCCCAACCUACAGUCUAUGCUAUCUACAGAGGCUAUGCCAUCUGCUUCAAAAGGAUGGCCCGCCUCAGAGAACUCUCUGAACGUCAUGCUAGAAUCUCACAUGGACUGUAUGUGACAUCUCCACAAACAGGACUAGUUCACCCGGAUUCACCCAGAUCAGCACACCUUGGGAAAAGCGUUCAUAAAACACAAACCACCACUUCUAGGUGGAGACACAAUUUGAACUUAAUUUUUUUUAUUUUUUAAGUAAGUUGGCAUCAAAAUAUAGUAUUUUUCAUCUCCUUCCCAUAACAGUCUCGGGAAGAGGGCUAAAAGCAACUAAAGGUUUGUAUUUAUUUUGAGGUCUUUUACUUCUCUCCAUUCUUGCUCUACAUUAGUGCUUUUAAAUAAACCUACCUUGUUACGCCUAA